AAAAUAGAUUAUUGCCGAAACUUUACCAAACCAAGCAAUACAUCGGGUAACCAAAUUAAAUCUCUCCCAAAUUCCGUAUCACAUUCGGCACAUAUUCGUUAAUCAUCCCAUCCUCAACAUGAUUACUACACAUUUCUCUUCCCUAAUUUCUUUUCAUUUUUAUUUAUCUUUUUAACUGACCAUCUAAAAUACCUCCACACACAUCUUCCACGUACACAGAAUCUCAAUCUCAAGCUCUCUCGUUCAUGGAGGAUGAAGAUGCUAAAAAUGACACUUCUCCUCCUCAGCUCGACAUAGAGAACGAAGGCUCGUUGUUCGAUCGCCGAGAUUUUCGGAACGUCAACGACGACGUGUCCGGCAUGAACUCCGGCCGCUCUCUUCAUGAACCGCUGCUGCUGAAGAACCGCAAGAAUACGACGUCGCAGAUUGCGAUUGUUGGCGCCAAUGUUUCGCCGAUCGAGAGCCUUGAUUAUGAGAUUAUUGAAAAUGAUCUAUUUAAGCAGGAUUGGAGAUCAAGGAAAAAGAUUCAGAUUUUUCAGUAUGUUGUACUCAAGUGGACACUGGCAUGCCUUAUCGGAAUAAGUACAGGAUUUGUUGCUUUCUGCAAUAACUUAGGAGUGGAAAAUCUUGCCGGUUUCAAGCUUCUACUCACUAAUGAUCUUAUGCUUAAAGAAAGGUAUUAUCUGGCUUUUGUAGCAUAUGCUGGUUGCAACGUGUUUUUAGCAAUUUGUGCUGGAGUCCUGUGUGCUUACAUUGCCCCUGCAGCAGCAGGCUCUGGCAUACCUGAGGUUAAAGCAUAUCUUAAUGGUGUAGAUGCUCAUUCAAUCUUGGCUCCAAGUACUCUCUUUGUCAAGAUUUUCGGCUCUAUCUUUGGUGUUGCUGCUGGAUUUGUUUGUGGUAAAGAAGGACCCAUGGUACACACUGGAGCUUGCAUAGCCAACUUGCUUGGACAGGGAGGUUCACGCAAGUACCAUUUGACUUGGAAAUGGCUCAGGUUUUUCAAAAAUGACAGGGACCGUAGAGAUUUGAUCACUUGUGGAGCAGCUGCUGGUGUGGCGGCUGCCUUUCGUGCUCCAGUUGGCGGAGUUCUCUUUGCUCUUGAAGAAGCAGCCUCAUGGUGGCGGAGUGCUCUUCUGUGGAGAACCUUUUUCACAACUGCUGUAGUGGCUAUGGUACUGAGAUCUCUCAUAUCAUUUUGUAAGAGUGGCAAAUGCGGGCUAUUUGGAGAAGGUGGUCUCAUCAUGUUCGAUAUGGAUUCCGCAGUAACUAAUUAUACUGUGCCAGAUCUUCUGGCAGUUAUAGUACUUGGAGUUGUUGGUGGUAUCUUUGGAAGUUUUUACAACUAUCUCGUCGACAAGGUCCUUCGAACUUAUAGCAUCAUUAAUGAGAGAGGUCCAGCUUAUAAGCUUUUGCUCGUCAUUACCGUCUCUCUUCUCACAUCUUGUUGCUCAUACGGUCUUCCGUGGUUCACAGAAUGCACUCCCUGUCCACCAGGUCUGGAAGCUCAAUGCCCAACCAUAGGCCGUUCGGGAAACUAUAAGAACUUUCAAUGUCAACCAGACCAUUAUAACGACCUGGCCUCCCUAUUCCUUAAUCCCAAUGAUGAUGCUAUUCGCAACUUAUUUAACUCUAGCAAUCCUAGAGAGUUUCGCCUUUCUUCCCUUCUUAUAUUCUUUUCUGCUAUGUUCUUACUUGGUAUAGUUACUUAUGGUAUUGCCGUUCCUGCCGGGCUCUUUAUACCUGUCAUACUUGCUGGAGCAUCUUACGGACGGGUUGCAGGAACCCUCUUUGGCCAUAUCUCCAACCUCAAUGUAGGGCUCUUUGCUCUGCUUGGGGCUGCCUCUUUCCUUGGUGGCACAAUGAGAAUGACAGUAUCACUUUGUGUCAUUCUUCUCGAGCUCACCAAUAAUCUCUUGAUGCUUCCACUUGUGAUGCUUGUGCUCCUUGUUUCUAAAACUGUUGCUGAUAGUUUCAAUAAGGGUGUUUAUGACCAAAUAGUGAUGAUGAAGGGUCUGCCUUAUUUGGAAGCUCAUGCUGAACCCUACAUGAGAAACUUGGUAGCAGGGGAUGUUGUUUCUGGACCUUUAAUAGAGUUUAGUGCUGUAGAGAGAGUUGGUAACAUAUAUCAUUCUUUGAAGAUGACAAAACAUCAUGGGUUUCCAGUUAUUGACGAGCCUCCUUUUGCAAGUGCCCCAGAAUUGUGCGGACUUGUUUUGAGGUCUCACUUGCUCGUUUUGCUCCACGGAAAGAGGUUUACCAAGCAAAGGGAGUUGUCUGGAAAAGAAUUAUUAAGUAAGUUUCAGGCCUCUGAUUUUGCGAAGGCCGGAUCAGGGAAGGGGCUCAAACUAAAAGAUUUGGAUCUCACCGAAGAAGAAAUGGAAAUGUUCGUCGAUCUUCACCCUAUCACCAAUACAUCUCCAUACACAGUUGUAGAGACAAUGUCGUUGGCCAAAGCUGCAGUCUUGUUUAGAGAGGUUGGCCUUAGGCACCUGUGUGUGGUGCCAAAGUCACCAGGGAGGCCGCCUAUUGUUGGUAUCCUGACGAGGCACGACUUCAUGCCAGAGCACAUAUUGGGGCUCUACCCACAUAUCAAUCCCCACAAGUAAAUCCAGCAAGUUGAUUUUUUUAUUAUAUUCUCAUAGAUAUCGUUGUGUAACUAGAAUGAUUAUUUAUUGGCAAGUACAUACUUUAGUGAACUUAUAUCUGCUUAUGAGACAAAUUAAUAAUAGAGGUGUACUUUCAGUGCCUAAUAAAAAUAAUACAAGAGGGUUGCAUCUUC